CUUCUCUGUACAUCUACUUGCCGCCAGCCCGGCCGCCAGCUUCCAAACGUCACAUGACCUUGGCAUACCAGUAGGCAGACUAGCCUGAAAUAUCCUAGCGCUGUCACAGGCACCGGCGACGACCUCCCAUGGCCGCACGACCGCGCCGCACCACGCAUGUUCGUCCUCGCCUCCGCCGCCACCGCCGCCUCUUUCUCCUAAUCCCCCUCCUCCUCCUUUUCCUCCUCCCACCCCUAUCAGCUGUCAUCUUCCGCCGCGCCAACUCCCUCGGCCGCCGGUGCCUUUCCGUCACCGCCCCUCACACCCCCCUCGCCGGACGCCGGCUCAGCUUCUCCAUCGUUACGCUCUCCGACGAGAGCCGUGGCGCGCGGGGGCGGUCUUUCCGCGGCAUGCUGAACGCCACCGCGCGGAACAGGCGCGCCUACGCGGCCGUGCACGGCUACGGCCUCGCCGUGCUGCCGCCCGAGGCCGUCGACCGCAGCCGCCCGCCCGCCUGGAGCAAGGUCCUCGCCUUACGCGCUCACCUGCACCGCCACCACUGGCUAUUCUGGAAUGACGCGGACACGCUUGUUACUAACCCAGACAUCGCGUUGGAGACGAUUCUGGUUUCGGUGAUUGGGCAUAGUGAUUUCCAUACAUCCCCUGAUCUCAUUCUGACGGAGGAUAUCAAUGGGGUUAACUCCGGACUGUUCUUCAUAAGGAGGUCAAAAUGGAGUGAGAGAUUUUUGGAUAUAUGGUGGAACCAUACAUCAUUUGUACAAUUUGGUUCCACAAAAAGUGGAGAUAAUUUCGCACUUAAGCAUAUAAUAGAUCACUUAUCACCUGAAGAAAUGCAAGCACACGUCCGUAUAGCAAAAAUGCAGUGCCUCUUCAACUCAUACCCUUGGAAUUGGAUGGCUAUGUGGAAAUCACUUCACGCCCUCAUCUUCCACCCGUCCACUACAUGGAAAGGUGUUUAUUCAGAUGGAGAUUUCAUGGUCCAUUUUGCCGGCCUAGAUGACAAGCGAGGUUGGACAUCUAGAAUUCUUAAAGAGAUAGGAACUACAUGAUGAGCAUAAGUAAUCCAAUUCAAAAAAUCAAAUGAAGACCUGGAAGUUUAUGUGUAGAGUUUGGUGUUGUUGCUUUGAUAACGAUAGUGCCAUCAAGGGGUUAUCAUGGCUAGAGUUUAUGGUAGAACUAGACAACUGGAUGCUCGGGACGGUGUAACUCAUCGAUUUACCCAGGUUCAUGUCUCAUCGAUGGAGGAUUGCUACACCCUGAUAGAAUUCACUAUAAUAGCACAAAGUACAUAUUACAAUGAUGUAUGUCUCUUUUGUAUGCAUACCCUAAAGGCGUCUGCUAGUAAUUCUUAUAAAGGCGUCAGAACCUAGGGCUUGAUGGA